GCUGUACCAACAGAAAUAAGGGAAGUUAAAAAUAUUGCAAAAAUAAAUGGACAAUGAUUCAAAGGAAAGCAGUUCAGGAGCGCUAGAGUCCUUGAGUUUCCCUUCUAACAAGUGGGUGAAGCUGAACGUCGGAGGUAAAGUCUAUACAACGACACUGGACACACUGGUUGGGAGAGAGCCCGACUCAAUGCUAGCUCGCAUGUUUCUCCAAAAUGGAGCAAUGCAACCCAGUGAAAAAGAUGAACAGGGUGCCUAUUUGAUCGACAGAAGUCCACGCUAUUUUGAGCCGAUAAUCAAUUAUUUGCGACAUGGCCAGUUUAUAUGCGACGACAAUAUAAGCGUAAAAGGUGUGUUGGCCGAGGCACGGUUCUUUGGUAUAUAUUCUUUGGUAGCACAUUUGGAGGAGCUUUUGGCGCAAGAAGAUCAACCACUAGAUGAUAGGCCACUGACCCGCAUGGAUGUUAUAAAGGCCAUAAUACAGACUUCUGUAACCACAGAGCUCCGUUUCCAAGGGGUAAAUCUUUCAGGUGCUGACUUGCGCAAGUUAGAUUUUCGCAAUAUUAAUUUUAAAUACGCCAACAUGUCGCACUGCAAUCUUUCCCAUGCAAACCUUACCUAUUGCUGCUUAGAACGGACGGACCUUCAGUACGCCAACUUGGAGUGUGCCCAGUUGGUAUCGGUGCGAGGAUUAUGCGCAAAUAUGGAAGGGGCAAAUUUACGUGGGUGCAAUUUCGAAGAUCCUACAGGAGUUCGCACAAAUCUGGAGGGAGUAAACCUUAAAGGAGCAUGUCUGGAGAGUAGUAAUAUGUCUGGUGUUAACCUGCGUGUGGCAAAUCUCAAGGACGCAAAUAUGAAAAAUUGCAAUUUGCGUGCAGCUGUGCUUGCUGGAGCCGAUUUAGAACGUUGUAACCUGUCCGGUAGUGACUUACAGGAAGCCAAUUUACGUGGUGCUAAUCUUAAGGACGCUGAGUUGACACUGAUGGUGACGCCAUUGCAUAUGUCCCAAACUAUACGUUGAAUUAAACGUACAUACAUACUAUAUAUGACCAUUUCCAAAUGGUUCGAAAAGGAUGCUGUUUUAUCUGCAGUUGCAGAGAAUAUAAUACAUAUACAUAUGUAUCAAAGCUACCUUUUAUAA